GCGUGUUGAACACUCCGGUGCGGUUUUGCAAUGUGCUGCAGAACUAGAUGACUGACAGGAAGAAAGAGAAGUCACGCAGAGGGAGGGAGUGGUAGGGCCACCGACAUGUCCUUAUGAAACACUCAUUCUCCUUCUGAUUGUAGCCUUGAGCUGGCUAUUGUUGUUUGAUUAAGUGGUCCUUUGAUCUCUCACCGAUGGUGGCUAACAUGGAGUUAAUAGAGGAAUUCCUGGAGAGUGCGUUGGCCAAAUGGGUGUUGCUGUUCCAGCCCAUGGUGGACGGAGCGGGUAGACCGCCCCCCCACAGCCCGUACCCGGACGCAGACCCGCCCCCCCGGGGAACCGGGAGUUGGUAUACGAGGCUGACCGACGGGGUCUUCCUCAACGAGGUCAUGAGGUUGAUAGAUCCCAACCCAAAGGUGGAGCAACUCUACCACCGCGAUGCCGGAGGCCGCAUGCUCCGACUGCAGAACUUCUCCAUCCUGAACCGCCACCUCAGGGCCUUCUACCAGGAAGACCUUCAGCAGCUGAUACUGAUCCCGCUCCCAAACAUCGCCGUUCUGGGUCAGGAUCCCUUCACAGAAGCAGCUGUGGAAGAACUCACAAGGCUGCUGCUGCUGCUUCUGGGAUGCGCUGUGCAGUGUGAGAAUAAAGAGAGGUUCAUUCAGCAGAUUCAGUCUCUGGACAUCCAGACCCAGGCAGCUAUCGCCAGCUGUAUCCAAGAGGUGACUCAGGACCCCCGGAUGGUGCUUCCUCUCCAGUGGGAGGAGCUUAGAGGCCUGGGGGAGACGGAGCUAGAGCUGGCCUUUGGUUCCAUGGCCAAACAAAUACAAAGCCUGCUGGCACAGAGAGACACGCACCUGGAGAGGCUGACGGAGCUGAGCCGGGAGCGGGAGGAGCUGGAUCCCGACCCGGGCGGCCAGUCGCUGGGGGACCCCACGGCGUGGCCUCCCCAGGGGGCCGCGCUCCAGCUGGCUGACAGCAGGGCCAAACUACGGCGCCUCAAACAACAACUAGAAGAUAAAGGUGACCAGCUGCUGGACUACAAGCAGGAGGUGGAGACCAUGGAGGAGCAGCUGAGGAAGCUUCACAAAGAGAACCGGGCCCUGCAGGGGGAGCUGCGCGGUGUGCGUUCUCUGCGUGACGAGCUGGACUGCGCCCGGGAGCGCAGCGGCCGCGUGGAGCCGCUGCAGCAGGAGCUGCUCAGCCUGCGCCACAAGCUGAGGAGCCUGGAGCUCACACGCACACAGCUCAAGGAGCAGCAGCAGCAGUGUGGGGCGCUGCAGGAGACCCAGCUCCUCCUGGAGGAGCAGCUGAAGGAGGCGCGGGAGCGCUGCUCAACGCUCAGGGAGCUGAGGAGAGACAACCUGCUGCUGCGGCAGAACGUCGUGGAGCUGGCGGCGGAUCGGGACACAGAGAGGCAGAGGGUGGACGAGCUCCUGGAAAUCAACAUGAGCCUGGAGGCGGAGCUUAAGCACAGCAGCCACGCCCGGCGCCAUCUCCUCCAAUCAGAAGGGGAGUCCGACGAGGAGCCGUUCGACGCGAUUGACCUGAAGCCUCUGAGCGUGGAGGUGGGGGAGGCCUCCACCCUGAUGCUCCUGGGGGCAGAGCAGGAGAACGCCGCGCUGAGGAGGCGUCUGGAGGAGCUGCAGGCUCAGCGAGAGUCUUCGGUGGCGAGGGACGAGCUGGCUGUCCUGGAGGAGGAGCAUCAGACCACACUCAGGCAGGUGAGAGAUGGAGAGAGAGAGAGAGAGAGAGAGAGAGAGAGAGAGAAGGAGGUUGGCCUACAGCAUCGAGAGGAGAGGAGGGAGGAGAGAGGAGAAGAUAGGAAGGGGAAGGAGGGGAGAGGAGAAGAGAGGAGGGAGGAGAGAGGAGCGCCAGGCUCUGAGUUUUCCAGAGGAGAGGGGGAGGGAACGCCAGAAGCGCAGGAGAAGGAAGAGGAGAAAAGGGAGGAGAGGGAGGUGGGCGGGGUCGGGAGCAGAAGGGAGGCAGGGGUCGGGGAGGAGCGGCUCCUCCUCCUCCAGGGAGGCGAGGGAGAGGCGAGCGGGGGGGAGGAGGGGGAGCCUGCCAGAGACCGGGGGCGGGCGGAGGGGGGGCAGGGCCGACGGGGUCCGGAGGCCGGGAGCAAGGCGGAUAGAGAGACGGACGGGGGGGCUGGGGACAAAGCCCAGGCCUCCACCGCCCCCCCCCGCCCAGCGCCGCGGCCCAGGGACGAGGAGGGAGGGGGAGAGGCGCCGCCCGCCACCGCGGGCCCCGGCAUGGAGCUCCUGGCGGCGCGGCUGAGGGAGGCCCGGGAGGAGGCGGACGGCCAGGCGCUGCUGGCCCAGGAGGUGCGCUCCAAGCUGGGGGAGCAGAGCAGGAGGGCCUGGGAGGCCGAGCAGAGGCUGGUGCUCCUGGAGGCCGAGCUGCAGAGACUGAGGAAGGCCGCCGAGGGCCUGGGGGAGGCCCGCAGAAAGAUAGAGGUCCUGCAGGCGGAGGGGCUGUCCCUGGAGGAGGAGCUUUGCCGCCUGCGUAGCCACCAGGAGCUCCACUCCAUGCAGUCCACCGUCAUCGCCGGCCUGGAGGGGGAGAAGGCCUCUCUGGAGCGGGAGCGGGACGCGCUGCGGAGCUCCAUGGACGGCCUCCGCACCGCCCAGCGGAAGGGCGACCAAUUGCAGCUGACGAACCAAACCCUGAAGGUGGAACAGGAGCGGCUGGGGCGGAGCUUAGAGGCUUCUCGUCGGCGGGAGGCGGAGCUUGAGGCGGAGCUCCGCGAAGCCACCCUGGAGGCGGAGGGGCUGGCCCGGGGGCGGGACCAGGCGCUGCUGGAGGCCACGCGGUUGGAGCAGGAGAAGGAGGCGUGCGUGGCGGCACUGGAGGGGGGGCAGAAGGAGGGACGGCAGCGGGAGCGCGAGGCGGCCCGGCUGAGGCAGCAGCUGGAGAGCACCACCCUGGCCCUGGAGCACGCCCACCAGAGGGCCCGGGGCCUGGACGCUGAGCACAGACGGCAGGCCCAGGAGCUGUCUCACUGCAGGGAGAGGUGUGCCGGCCUGCAGGGUUCAGAGGAGGAGCUGGCCGGGCGGUUCCACACUCUGGAGGAGGAGCAGCAGCGUCUGGGCGAGCAGCACGCCGACGCCCAGAGCAGCAUCAGCGCGUUGUCCCAGGACCUCUCCGAUGAGCGAGACCGAUCCAGCGGUCUGACCAGUGAGAUCGAGCAGCUGAACCACAAACUGUCCAGGCUGGAGGGUGAACUGAGGACCGCCGGCGAGGCGCUGCGUCGCUCUGGGGAGAGAACAGACGCCCCCCCUCGGUUGGUGGAGGGGAGUAAUCUGGGGGUCGCUCCGGAAGGAGGGCUGGCGGGCGGUCUGUUGGUGGGCGGUCCCUCAACAGGCUCCUCGGGUCCAGGUGAAGGUCUGCACGACCCAGAGAGUCUGAGCAUGGCUCCGGGCCAGGACGCGGCCCUAGGACGCGACCCUCCCCUGACCCCGGGUGUUCUGGAUGUGGAGACAGAGAAGCGGCAGGGUCGAAGGUCACCAGAGCUGCAGAGAGAGCAGGCCGUGCUGCUGGCGGAGAGAGAGGCCUUGUUGUUCAGGGCGACCCGGACCCAGGAGGCCUGCGACCGCGUCAGGGAGGAGCUGGAGGCCUCGAGGCGCCACACCCUCAGCCUGCAGGACUCCUGCACAAAGCUGCAGACGCUGCACACCCAGCUGCAGGUGGACCAUGGCACGCUCAGCUCCCAGCAUGCAUCAGUGCUGGCCCGCUGCAGCGACAGCGAGGCCCGGUGCGCCGCCCUGGAGGCGGAGUCCAAAGUGUGGGCCCGGGAGAGGGAGGAGUCCCGCGCCCGGACGGACGCCAUGCGGCGGGACCAGGAGCGAAUGGCAGCGCUGCAGCAGCGGCAGGAGGCGGAGCUUGAGGAGCUGCUGGACAAACACUCCCAGCUGAGGACGUCCUGCCGCAGCCUGGAGGGGGCGCACAGGGAGCUGGAGGCCAGGUACACAGAGCUGCUGGACGGCCGCGCACAGCUGGAAGAGCGGGAGAGGGAGAUGAGGAUGAGGGGGGAGCAGAUGGACGCAGAGGAGCACAGGAGGGCAGAGAAAGAGCGGGAGCUGGAGAGGAUCACAGAAGACUAUGAAAGGCUGCAGGCCCAGCAGCGGGAGUGGCUGGCGGCCCAGGCUGAGCUGCUGGCCCAGGGCUCGGUGCUGAGUGGGGAGCUGAGGGCGGCUCUGCUGGAGAGGACCCGGCUGGAGGGGGAGGUCAGCACCCUGAGGGAGAGCAAUCAGAACCUGGACCUCUGCAACGUGCGGCUCACCAGCCAGUACCAGCUGCUGACCCAGCUGAAGGGGAACAUGGAGGAGGAGAACCGCCACUUGGCGGAGCAGAGCCAGAGUCUGCUGAAGGAGAACCACUCUCUACUGGAGCAGAGCCUUGAGCGCCGUGACCAGCAUCACACACAGCAGCGCGAGUACCAGGAGAAGCUGGGGGAGCUGCGCCGCGAGAAGCAGAAGCUGGUGGAGAAGAUCAUGGACCAGUACCGGGUCCUGGAGCCCACCGGGGCCUCCCCGGCGAGCAAGGCCAAGAAGUCCAACUGGAUCGCAGACAGGAUGAAGAAGCUGAUCAAGCCGCGGGCGGGGGGGGCGACUCGGGAGGGCCGCGCCCUCUUCACCACGGGGGGGAGCGUGGAGAACCUGGCCCACCCGGCUGCAUACACACACACACUGCAGGCUGACCCCCUGAGCGCCCCCGUCUCCCCGUGCCCCAACAGGAGGGCCCCACUGGGGGAGACGGAGAUCUCGGCCCCCCGGUCCCCGGUGCUGCUCACCGGCCCCAUGGCGCGGCGGAAGCUGGGCUCGCGUCACGGCUGGGGCCUGGGCCUGGCCCGGGCCGGCUCCCAGGGCCUGUCCCAGUCCUUCAGCCCCGGGGACCUCCGCCUCCGCACCACCUCCGCCCCGCCGGCCGCCGCCAGUGUGUCCUGGGAGCCCAGGACGCCGCCCCGCGUCCCCUCUGUGAGCCGCAGCCAGGGGGGAGUCGAGGAGGAGGAGGGGGAGGAGGAGAAGGAGGGGGAGGAGGGAGGGAUGGGUGAGAGAGAGAACGGCGCAGAAGAGUGAAGGGGAGACAGUUAAAUGUGAGUAGAGGUGUAUAGCCCGUGUUUUUCUGUGUGUGUCAGUGUGUGUGCGUGCAGGGCGUGCGUGCGUGUUUGCGUGUGUGUGUGUGUAGAAGAUGCUAAGUGUGUUGCAUGCGCAGCACGUAGAGCAGUAAUAUAAACUGAUGAACAAGGUGGAGUCUGGGAGAAACUCUGUUAAGUGCACCCAGCGAGAGCGCUCUGAACAUCCUGUGCAUCACAACGUUUCCCCAACACAUCAGCCAAACAUCUCCUGUCUGCGGAGAGGCUGAGCAACACGUGGAAAUACUUGAAUGAAUAUUGACCUGGGUCAACGCACGGCGUCUGCACCACUUUAAGAAACAUAACACCUCCUCGUAGACAGCGGCACGUGCCUCACUAUAGAGAACCAGAGCGCUGUAUCGAGGUCUGUGUGUGUGUGUGUGUGUGUGUGUGUGUGUGUGUGUGUGUGUGUGUGUGUGUGUGUGUGUGUGUGCGUGCGUGCGUGCGUGCGUGC